ACACAACACAAUAAAAAUCAUUGCAAGUCUCCCAUAGAGAAGAGGAAUCCAAGGCAUCACUCAAACACCAGCUCUAACCAAACUACACUAAUCACCUUCUCAUCUUAAUCUAAUCUUAGUAUUAGAGAGAGAAUUACAGAAGGUUGUAGCAAUGGCAAUGGCCGCCACAUCUGCCGCCGUCUUAGGCUCGCCUUUCUUGUCCGGCGGGAAGAGUAGCCGGAGCUUGUUCUCGGCACGGACCGCUAGCAUUGUAGUCGUCCCUCGUAAGCUGAUUGUCAUGGCCGCUGCUCCUAAGAAGUCAUGGAUCCCAGGUGUUAGGGGUGGCGGCAACUUCAUCAACCCCGAAUGGUUAGAUGGCUCGCUUCCUGGCGACUAUGGGUUCGAUCCACUUGGGCUAGGUAAGGACCCAGCAUUCCUCAAGUGGUAUAGAGAGGCUGAGCUGAUCCACGGGCGGUGGGCCAUGGCAGCUGUGGUGGGAAUCUUUGUUGGGCAGGCGUGGAGUGGUAUCCCAUGGUUUGAGGCCGGUGCAGACCCAGGCGCGAUCGCUCCAUUCUCAUUCGGGUCUCUAUUAGGCACCCAGCUCCUCCUCAUGGGAUGGGUGGAGAGCAAGAGGUGGGUGGACUUCUUCAACCCCGAGUCGCAGUCGGUUGAGUGGGCCACACCAUGGUCGAGGACAGCAGAGAACUUUGCAAACGCGACCGGUGAGCAAGGAUACCCAGGUGGGAAAUUCUUCGACCCGCUCAGCUUGGCUGGGACGAUCAAGGACGGAGUAUACAUUCCGGACACGGAGAAGUUGGAGCGGUUGCAGCUGGCUGAGAUCAAGCAUGCUCGGCUCGCCAUGGUGGCAAUGCUCAUCUUCUACUUCGAGGCGGGCCAGGGGAAGACGCCCCUUGGAGCACUUGGACUUUAAUUAUCUUUAAGUGAACUAAUGACAAAAGAAAUCCCAUGUCUGUGUUUUGAGGCUUAGAGAGUGGAAAUUCUUUCUUCUUGGAUCCUAUCUAUGUAGUUUACUUAUUUGAAGAGACUCUCUUGUAAUGUAUAUAUGCUGCAUUGUCUUGUA